GUUGGUUGCAUGUAGCCGGAGGCUUGGGCAGGAUGGCCACUGGGGUGGCCUCUAUCGCCGACGGGGAAUUCACGGCGGCGAUUUACGGGCUGAUCCGGGCCGGGCGGUUCGCGGAGGCGGUGGGGAUCUUAAGCAGCGAGUUGCAGAGGAGCUGCCGGUCGCGGGCCGGCCUCUCGCUGCUUGGCUACUGCUACUACCAACUGCAGGAUUUCCCGGCGGCGGCCGAGUGCUAUGAGCAGCUGGGGGUGCUGCACCCCGAACUCCACGAGUACCGGCUCUAUCACGCGCAGGCGCUCUACAAGGCCGGGCUCUACGGCGAGGCCCUGCGCGCCACCGUCCCGUUGCUCGACGUCCCGGCCUUCCAGAGCCGAGCGCUGCGCCUGCAGGCGGCGGCCCACUACGCCCAGGGCGACCUCUCCAGCGCCAAGGCCCUGGUGGAGCUGCAGCUGGCAUCCGCCACCGAAGGCAGCCCCGGCGCCCCCGAGGACCCCUCCGAGCUGCCAGAUGCGGAGGUGAACAUGGGCUGCCUGCUCUACCGCGAAGGGCAGCACGAGGAAGCCUGCAGCAAGUUUGCCUCUGCCAUGCAAGUGCUGGGCUACUGCCCAGAGCUGUCCUACAACAUGGCACUGUGCUGCUAUGCUGCCAAGCAGUAUGCCCCUGCCCUGAAGCAUAUUGCGGACAUCAUUGAGCGUGGCAUGCAGCAGCAUCCAGAGCUGAGUGUGGGGACGAAUACUGAAGGCCUGGAUGUCCGCAGCGUGGGCAAUACAUUGCUCCUGCAUCGGACAGCCCUGGUGGAGGCCUUCAAUCUGAAAGCUGCCAUUGAAUACCAGCUGUGCAACCUACAGGCAGCUCAGGAGGCCCUUACAGAUAUGCCCCCUCGGGCUGAGGAGGAGCUGGACCCAGUCACUUUGCACAACCAGGCUCUAAUGAACAUGGACAGGAGACCCACAGAAGGCUUUGAGAAACUUCAGUUCCUUCUGCAGCAGAACCCUUGCCCGCCAGAAACAUUUGGGAAUUUGCUGCUUCUGUACUGCAAAUAUCAAUACUAUGACCUUGCUGCAGAUGUGCUGGCUGAGAAUGCUCACUUGACCUAUAAACUUCUCACACCUUAUUUGUACAACUACUUAGAUGCUAUGAUUACCUGCCAAACUGCCCCUGAUGAGGCAUUUCAUAAGCUUGAUGAACUGGCAGGGGCUCUAACAGAGCAGCUGAGAAAGCUGACCAAGGAGGUACAGGAGUCUAGGAAAAAUCGAGAUGAUGAGGCUCUAAGGAAAGCUGUGAAUGAGUAUGAUGAGACAUUGGAGAAAUACGUUCCUGUCUUUAUGGCCCAGGCCAAGAUUUAUUGGGACAUGGAGAACUAUCCCAUGCUGGAGAAAAUGUUCCAUAAGUCAGUAGAUUUCUGCAAGGAUCAUGAAGUAUGGAAACUUAAUGUGGCUCAUGUACUAUUCAUGCAAGAGAACAAAUACAAAGAGGCAAUUGGUUUUUAUGAGCCCAUUGUAAAAAAACACUAUGAUAACAUCCUUCAAGUUAGUGCCAUUGUUUUGGCUAACCUGUGCGUUUCUUAUAUUAUGACUAGUCAAAAUGAAGAAGCAGAGGAGCUGAUGAGAAAGAUUGAAAAGGAAGAAGAACAGCUUUCUUACCAUGAACCUGAUAAAAAGAUCUAUCAUCUCUGUAUUGUCAAUCUAGUUAUUGGGACUCUCUACUGUGCCAAAGGAAACUUUGACUUCGGCAUUUCUAGAGUGAUUAAGAGUUUAGAACCUUAUAACAAAAAGUUGGGCACAGAUACUUGGUAUUAUGCUAAAAGAUGUUUCUUGUCACUGUUAGAAAAUAUGUGUAAGCAUGUGAUCAUGGUGCGGGACAGCGUCAUUCAAGAAUGCAUCCAGUUUCUUGAGCACUGUGAAGUGUACGGCCGAAAUAUCCCGACGGUGAUAGAACAACCCCUUGAGGAAGAGAAGAUGCACAGUGGGAAGAACACCGUUACCUAUGAAGCCAGGCAGCUGCGGGCACUGAUGUAUGAAGUUAUUGGGUGGAAUAAGUAACUGCCGUAGCAUUCACAUUAAAAAUGGCCCAAGUCAAAAGAUCAGUGAAUCGUGAUGGCAGUGUUGACUAGGUUUCUGAUCAACGUUUGUAGUACUUGAAAUGAAAAGUGGUGAUGCAGUACAGUUGUGUUGUAAAAAGUUCACAGGAUUUUGAAUUGACUUGGAAUUAUAGGGUAACACUUUUCACCCUUUUAAAAAAUGCUUUUAUUAAAUGAGCUUCCUUUUCAAAUAUAUUAUAGGUAUUUUUAACAAAAGAAGGAACAGAUCUAUAAAAUUGGAAUGUUGUGCUGUCCAAUUAUUGAGUAGUACAAUGGAAUGAAUUUGUUAUGAGAGAUGGGGGUGGAGGAGUAUGUAUAUGCUGUAUUUUUCCAAAAGUGAUUUGACUGCAACAUUUCAUUUAAUCCAGGCCUGUAAGCAGCCCUUUGAAAAUACCAAAAGCACCUUUCAAAUAAGUAUCAUUUGGAAGAUGAAAUUGUCAACUUAAGCCAACUUAAUUGCUAAAUUUGGUAAGGGCAGAAAAUUACCUCUAAAUGAUGUCAACCUUUUGAACAGUUUAAAUUUUAUUGUAUGUGUGUUUAAUCCUUUCACACUAAUGCAAGUUGCGGUUACUUGGACACUUGCGGGUAUUCAAGCCCUAGUUUGAAGCAAUAAAAAUGUUUUUUAAAAAGUAGCAUGAUUUAAAUUUUACCAGUACCAACAUGGGAACAGAUGCAAUAUGUAUUUUCCCACAUUACUCUG